GAUUCUCAAUCACCAGACUCAGCUUGGAGACCUUACAAUGAUCGAAAUCAAGAGACACUGAACGGAGAUGCUACAUAUUCCUCUCUUGCAGCAAAAGGUUUUAGAAGCGUCCGCCCAAACCUCCAAGAAAAAAAAUCACCAACUCAGAGCCAGAUAACAGUCAACGGCAGCUCUGGAGGUGCUGUGAGUCCAAUGAGUUACUACCAAAGGCCGUUUUCCCCUUCUGCAUACUCCCUGCCAGCCUCACUCAACUCGAGCAUCAUCACGCCACAUGGCAGGUCCCUCGAUUCUGCAGAGAUGUAUUCCCAGCAUGCACAGUCUCUGGAUGGCACCCCGGGCAGCGCGAUACCGCUGUACAGAUCCUCAGAAGAAGAGAAGAGAGUGACAGUCAUCAAAGCCCCACAUUACCCAGGGAUUGGGCCUGUGGACGAAUCUGGAAUCCCCACAGCAAUUAGGACGACAGUUGACCGGCCGAAGGACUGGUACAAGACAAUGUUCAAGCAAAUUCACAUGGUGCACAAACCGGAUGAUGACACAGACAUGUAUAAUACUCCUUACACAUACAACGCAGGUCUGUACAACCCACCCUACAGCAUGCAGUCACACCCUGCUGCCAAGACACAGACCUACAGACCUCUGUCCAAAAGCCACUCUGACAACAGCACAGAUGUCUUUAAGGAGGCGUCGUCCCCAGUGCCUCCCCCACAUGUUCCCCCACGACCCAGGGAUCGGUCUUCAACAGAAAAGCAUGACUGGGAUCCUCCAGACAGAAAAGUGGACACCAGAAAAUUUCGGUCUGAGCCAAGGAGUAUUUUUGAAUAUGAACCUGGGAAGUCAUCAAUUCUGCAGCAUGAAAGACCACCACCUAAAAAGGCUCUGGACUAUGUUCAAGACCAUUCUUCUGGGGUUUCCAAUGAGGCCUCCAUAUAUCAGUCAUCUAUAGACAGAAGCCUGGAAAGGCCCAGUAGUUCCACAGGCAUGGCCAGUGACUUCAGGAAAAGGAGGAAGAGUGAGCCUGCAGUGGGUCCCCCCAGAAGCUUGGGGGAUCCAAGUGCAAGCAGGACCAGCCCAGGUCGGAUGGACCUCCCAGGAUCAAACACCACCCUUACAAAGUCUUUCAUUAGUUCUUCUCCUUCCUCCCCAUCAAGACCAAAAGGUGGGGAUGAUACCAAAAUGUGUCCAUCCCUUUGCAAUUACUCAGGGCUCAACAGCACCCCCUGCAGUGAGUUAGAGUACUGUAGCACUUAUAGACAGCACUUAGAUGUCCCUCGAGACUCUCAAAGGGCCAUCACUUUCAAGAAUGGCUGGCAGAUGGCCAGGCAGAAUGCAGAGAUCUGGAGUAGCACUGAAGAAACAGUAUCCCCCAAAAUCAAAUCCCGUAGCUGUGACGAUCUCCUAAAUGAUGACUGUGAUAGUUUCCCAGACCCCAAAACCAAGUCAGAAAGCAUGGGCUCCCUGCUAUGUGAAGAAGACUCCAAAGACAGCUGUCCCAUGACAUGGGGGUCCCCCUACAUCCAGGAGGGUCGCAGUAAUGGCAGAUCAAGGAUCAGACACAGGUCGGCCCAUGAUGCCCCAGGGUUCCUCAAAAUGUACAAGAAAAUGCAUCGUAUUAAUCGCAAGGACCUGAUGAAUUCAGAGGUGAUUUGCUCUGUGAAGUCGAGAAUUAUGCAGUAUGAAAAGGAACAGCAGCAUAAGGACCUCCUGCAUGGGUGGAGUCAGUCCUCCACCGAGGAGGUGCCCAGGGACAUGGUACCCACCCGCAUUUCAGAAUUUGAAAAGUUGAUUCAAAAGUCAAAAUCCAUGCCAAAUUUAGGAGAUGAAAUGUUAUCUCCGGUAACCCUAGAACCCCAAGAAAAUGGUUUGUGUCCCAAGAGGCGGUUUUCCAUUGAGUCUUUGCUGGAGGAAGAAACGCAAAGUAGACAUCCUUCUCAGGUUCAACGAAGCUACCACUCUCACUCUAAAACCCUGGUGCCCAUCCACAUUGAAGUCACCAGCGAAGAGCAGCCGAGAACUCAUAUGGAAUUUUCCGACAGUGACCAAGAUGGCGUUGUGUCUGACCACAGCGACUACAUUCAUGUAGAAGGAUCCUCCUUCUGCAGUGAAAGUGACUUUGAUCACUUUUCGUUCACAUCCUCUGAAAGUUUCUAUGGAUCCAGCCACCACCACCACCACCAUCACCACCAUCACCAUCACCGGCACCUCAUCAGCUCCUGCAAAGGUCGAUGUCCAGCCUCCUAUACUCGAUUUACCACGAUGCUAAAACACGAAAGAGCUAAGCAUGAAAAUAUUGAACAGCCCAGAAGACAAGAAAUGGACCCUGGUCUGUCUAAACUUGCAUUUCUAGUUAGCCCUGUGCCUUUCCGGAGGAAAAAAAAUUUGACUCCCAAAAAACAGACUGAAAAGGCCAAAUGCAAAGCCUCUGUAUUUGAGGCUCUGGACUCUGCCCUUAAAGACAUCUGUGACCAAAUUAAAGCUGAAAAAAGACGAGGAAGUUUGCCCGAUAACAGUAUUUUGCACCGUCUGAUCAGUGAACUGCUACCAGAUAUUCCUGAGAGGAAUUCAUCACUCAGAGCUCUCAAAAGGAGCCCCACGCACCAGCCCUUCCAUCCACUGCCUCAAGAUGGUGCUACUCAUUGUCCACUGUACCAAAAUGAGUGCGGGAGACUGCCUCGCAGUGCUUCUUUCCAAGACGUGGACACAACCAACAACAACUGUCACCAGGACCCGGAUAGCGCACUGAGUCUCCAAGACCGUGAGUCUCCUAGAAGUUACUCAUCCACUUUGCCCGACUUGGGGAGAAGUGCAUCAAGGGAACGAAGAGGAUCUCCAGAAAAAGAGAAAUUGCCUGCAAAAGCUGUUUAUGAUUUUAAGGCUCAGACAUCUAAGGAGCUGUCAUUUAAGAAAGGCGAUACCGUGUACAUCCUCAGGAAAAUUGAUCAGAACUGGUACGAGGGAGAACACCAUGGAAGAGUGGGUAUUUUUCCAAUCUCGUACGUAGAGAAACUCAUGCCUCCUGAAAAGGCACAGCCUGCAAGACCCCCUCCCCCAGCCCAGCCUGGAGAGAUUGGAGAAGCUGUAGCCAAAUACAAUUUCAACGCAGACACCAACGUGGAGCUCUCGCUCAGAAAGGGAGAUAGAAUUAUUCUUCUUAAGAGAGUUGAUCAAAACUGGUACGAAGGUAAAAUUCCAGGAACCAACAGACAAGGCAUAUUCCCCGUUUCCUACGUAGACGUCAUCAAGAAGAACACAAAAGGUGCUGAGGAAUGCCCUGCUCCUCCAAUACCCCACAGCUACUCCAGUGAUAGGAUUCACAGCUUAAGUUCCAACAAGCCACAGCGUCCUGUGUUCACUCAUGAAAACAUUCACGGUGGGGGGGAACCGUUUCAGGCUCUGUAUAACUAUACCCCUAGGAAUGAAGAUGAGCUGGAACUCAGAGAAAGUGAUGUCAUUGAUGUGAUGGAAAAGUGUGAUGAUGGAUGGUUUGUGGGAACCUCGAGAAGAACCAAAUUCUUUGGUACUUUUCCAGGAAACUAUGUCAAGAGGCUGUGAAUCACUCUCCCUCCUUAUUUAUGCCGCAUCUCAGCACUACAUCUGCAUAAACUUGCCUGAAACAUCACCACAGGCCUCUCGUUGUCAUGCCUUACGGUUUCCAAUAUGCCAUCCCCAUCUUCACCUGCUGCCACCAAACUACCAGCAGAGUGACUGCCACUGUGAGCCUUGGGGAGGCACAACACAUGGGCAUCCACAAGAGAGUGCAUUUUCCUGCUUUCUGCCCCAAACUGAAAAGUCAAUGUGUGGAAUCAGAACGAAAAUCAUUAAAAUUAAAAAGACUAAAACAGUUGAGGCAAAAAAGGGAAAAUGUCUCCAGGAGGCCCUUGGGUCUCACAGUUGUAUUUCAACAUGUCUGGAAGAUGUUCACCCCUCAGGCAACCUGAAGAUUGUUUAUUCUGAAAUGCUGUGGUUUGCAUUUUCACAUUCUUAGCUUGGCAUUUAUUCUCCUUUCACGAGUUUGCCUAGUGUCCUGGUUUACACUAUAUGACAACUGUACUUCAGCUAUGGUUUGCCUGCACUUAUAUGUUGUUGUAUGCACAGUGAUUACAAAAAUCGAAAGCAAGAGUAGGAAAGUUAAUUUGGAUGGGUGUGGUUUUGUUGAUUGAAUGUACGUUUUCAGAUAGAAGUCUUUUCCUGCAAUUUUUUUGUACUUUAUACAAGUGCAAACAGUAAGCGAAUAAGAGCCUUUAGUAAUUAUCAUCAGAACACAAGAGAUUUAGCUAGAAGACAAGGAAGAAAAACUAUUGUGUUGUAAAGUCGCAUUGCUAUUUUAUAUUAAAAUGUAAUAAUCAGCAUCUUGAACAAUGAGCUCUUAGUGUUUUAUUUAUCUGAUAAAAUUUAAAUAAAAGCAGUGUUAGUGAAGAGGUGCAAAGAAUUAUUCUAACAUAGACACUUGAAAGUAUCUGUAAGCAAUAUUAGUAAGACUCACUGUGUGUACACAUACACUUCUGAGAUUGUAUGCGAACAUAUAGUCCAUGAUAUGCUGUACAUUUUAUGGAAAUGUAAAAGAAUCCCACAUAUUAUUUUGUAGACAUAGAGUUCUUCAGAAGCAUUGCAAGUAUUAAGGCUGGUUUUAGCAAGGAUUAUGAUCAAUACAAUUAUUUUUACUAUGAUAAUUAUUUUUCUUCUAUGGAACCCAGAAUCCUGGCUACAUUUGAGGACAGGAAUAGGUUGAGCCUGAUUUUCCUGGUGUGUUUAAAAUACUUCCUAAGAAUAAACCAGGCACUUUUUAGAGACAAUGUUAAAUCAUUCAGGCUAUAUUUUCUGCCCUACGGUAGAAAUUUGCAAAACAUUGAGCCUGAAAGAUUUAAUAGAGUUAACAGUGCCUGAAUUACCCAUACUCUGAGAACUAGCUUUGUAUUUCUUAUCACUUUGCAUAAGAACUAUUCAUCUUGGGAUCUUGAGCACCUUAUACAUAUAACUUUUUAUGGUAUUUUCUUCCAUAGAUAGUGAUUGAUCUUUUCACAGUACAUAGACUCUAGAAUUUUGUACAUAUAUUUGGGGGUUUUUUUGUACAGACAAUUUAGUUGUUGAGAAAACAGGGAAAUUUCCUAAUUUGGUCUUUAUUCUGCACUUAAGUAAGCUAAAACACCUUCAGCAGAUUACCUGUAUGAAUUUCACAGAUCACAAGCACCCCUUGGUAACGUGAAUCUGUAAGAUACCAUUUAUGUAAUAAACUUAAAAAUCUUAGCAGCCAAAUUGAAAUGUACAUACAUAUGACUUCAGAGGAAUCUCAUUAGCAAGAAGGUGAACAAACAUCUUUGAGUAGCCUGCUUUGAUUACUACCAACUCACAACCAGCUUUAUACCUUAAAGGCUUUGGGUUUGAAAUUAAGUCAAGUGCAUGCAGCUUUGCUGAUAAAUGAAUAAUUCUCUUUGAUGCCAUUUAUGAGAGAAGACUUCAAUAUCUGUUUGCCUGUCAUAUUUAAGGAAAUUACUGUUUCUACACUCUGUAUCUGAUUUUAAAAGGAAAAAUAUUCAUACCUGGCUUUCAGGUAAUUGACUUUGAAAUCUUACAAACAAAGGUCAUUGU